GUUACCAGACAGAACAACACAACAAUAACAACAAAAAGAAAGAAUUCGGCCGAAACAACUGUCGAAUAACUUCUCCUAAUGGCAAAACAAGACAACAGAGUUGCAAGUGACCAGAAUUCAUGCUCUCCAGUUAAGUUAUAAGAUAGUGCUAAAGAGGAAAGUACAAAAAAGAUGACAACAAGUCUGAAGGAUUCAGAGCUAUCUACUGACCAUUCAAAGUAAGAGCUUAUUGCAAAAUAUGCUGUAAGUGUUCAUGAAGAAGAUAUAACUGCAGCACCUCUAUCUCCUGGGAAAAUGGCAUGUCCAGAGGAAAGGAAAAAUAAAAACAAUGCAUUUAAUUAUUCUAAAGAACUAACAACAUCUUCAAUAAAAGGCAAUAUAAAAAGUGAACAGAGUUUAGAUGCAGCAAAUGAAAUAGACUUUAAAAAUGACUCGCAUGUUUCAAGCAUCACAAAAUCAACUGUUGUGAAAAUUGAAAAUCAAGAUGAGGAAACAUUUAAUUCUUUCAUUAUAGAUUACGAAAAUGACUCUGCACCAUUGAAACAGAUUCCUGCAACUGGUGAACCUCUCUCUAAAUCUAUUGAAGUACAAACUGAUGAAGCAUUUUUCAAAAUUGCAAAUGCUAAGACUAAACAAAAGCAAAAAGCUAAAAGACCUACUUCUGGUUAUAAGAAAAAUAAACCUAGUUGUAAGAAGUCUCCCAAAGUAAAAACAUCCUAUCCAAGGGCCUCAGUAUAUCCUUAUGUAUUAGAACAAGCUAAAAGAUUGUCUGAAAGACCUUUUCCCAUACCAUCAAUUCUUUAUUUUUCUACAACAAAAACAAAAUCAUCGUCAGCAAAUUGUGUGCCAGAAAGAAUUGUGAACCUUGAGGGCAUUAAUGAAAUGGAGAAUAAGGCGGCUCCACAUACCACUUCUACUGAACCAAUAAUUGUGCAUAUUGAAAAGCAAGAAGAUGGAAAACUUGUUGAUUCUUUCAUAUUGAAAGAGAAUGAUAAGGAACACUUAAAACAAAGUCAAGUGGCAAACAGUAAUUCUGAUAAGUCAUUUCAUGAACACAAUAUUUCUAGUAUCUGUGAAAAUCGUAAUUUAACAUCUUUUGAAGAAUAUGAGAAUUACCCCAAUGCUGAAUUAAGAGAAGAAAGAUCUAAGAAUAAAAGAAAAUUUUCAGAUUCAUUUGUAAUUCCAGAAAAUUGCAAAAAUGAUCCAAAACUGGUUGCUGAUGCUGUUGCAGUCAAACUAAGACAAAUGGAAAGGUGCACUGGUGUCAGAAAUGAAUCAGUUGCCACAUUAAGUGAUUCUUUCAAACUUUCUGAAACUAAAUCUGACCAGAAAGUGGAAGUGAAAACAGAAUCAGUAGAGACUGAUGAAGUAAAAUCAGGUCCAGUAGAAACAGGUGUUGCAAAUGAGCCUGUAGAUACCACUGAUGUAAAAGCAGAAGCCAUGGAAACGGAAGACAUUACAACAGAUCUUACAGAAGCAUUAAAACAGUCCGAACAGGAAUGUUCAGUAAGAAAACCUGAAGAGAUUCCUGAAGUAAUGUCAGACCUCACAGAAAAUGAACAAAAAGAGACCAUCAAGAUAAAAUCAGAACCAAUUGAAGAGAAUGAUUUUGGAGUGAAGUCUAUAGAUAUCAUGAAAGGAAACCUGCACCCGGAGAAGAAUUCUAUGAAAGACCCUACAAACCACACACAAGAAAAACUAGAUACCAUGAAAAUGGGAGAAAGUAUUGAUAAGAGUAUUAGUAUAAUUACCCAAACCCCACAGCAAGUCAAAGGUGAUGGCUGUACUUUUGAGUCUCAGUGUGAAGAAAACCAAAGCAAUAUACCCACUGUUGUAACAGAACUAGACUCAAGCCAAAAGAAAUUAAAUAUAAAAUGCAAUCUUUACAAAACAACACAGGUUAAUGCAGAGAAAUUUUUAUCACAGUUAAAAAUAUUUCUAACGCAACAACUGAUUGAGACCCUCACUUUUGAACUUGAAAAUCGAUUAUGUUCACCUAAUUUGUCUGAGCGUAGAAAUGUUACUUUAUAUCAGGGCCUUACUGAUUUAAAAAGGAUGCUAACUGAUAAAUUUAGAGUAUUUUUUCUACGUGAAAUAAAUAGACUUUUGUACAAGUGGGAAAAAAGUAUCUCAGUUAUUACCAAUGAUGAGAAAUUUGAAAUUGUAAACAAAUUGAGUGCAGAUUUGGAAUCCAAAUUGAAUCACCAAAUUACAACACAACUUGAAACUGAUACUGUAAGAACUGCGCUUGAAAUUGCUGAGAGUGCAUUUUUAAAUGGUAAAAUGGACCAAAGAGCAAUACGGGGAAACAAAUUACAAGCCAAGCUUCAGCCACCACAAGCUUUAAUUAAUGGAGCAUGUGGACAAACCCAGCAUUUGGUGAAUCAGAGAUCAGACACAGGUGUUAGUCAAACACAUAUCACAGGCACACAAGUUAAAGUUUUCACUGAUGAAAUACAUGAAAGAAUGAAACAAAAAACGAUUAAAGGAAAGUCUACCACUCAUAAAGGCGUAAAAAGAAAAUGUACAAAACAGAAACCGGUAGAACAAAAGAUUGCAACAUCUCUACAUACUUACGGCUGCAUUUUAUGCGAAGCACCAACAAAAGGCAAAUCAGCGAGUAAUUACAGUUCAUCAGCAACUGUCACAACUCAUUCCACACUUACAAGACUAAGGCCCAGGCGAGUAAAAGUCAAAGACAAAGAAAUAGAAGAGCAGACAUGUGACAAAAGAAAUGACUCAAAAAAUAUGCUGAAAACAUUAGAGCUCAUGAAGGUUUGGACUGUCCCAAAGACUCCAGUAGCAAGUAGCUGCAAGAAUAAGCAGCAGAAAUUAGUGGACUCAAAGCAAAAAUGAAAAUUAAUACAGCCAACAUUCACUACAAAUUAAAAGAAGUACAUUAAGAGAAAACAUUCUUGUUAAAGUAUAAAUUUGUCACUGUUUUAUCAACUUGAAUUACAAUGUCAGAUAGUUUUGAAUAUACUAGUUUGUUAGUAUGAUGAAUAGCGAGUAUAAAAGGAAAAAAUACAGUUGUAAUAUAAGGAAACCUUGUGAUAUCUGUACUAUUUUAUAUAUGUGAAGUAAAUCCUUCAACGUUUUUUUUUUUCCUGAAUUUUUCAUUAGCUAGAUUUUUACACAGGAAAAAAUCUAGUUUUGGCCUUUACAUCUUAAAUCUUAUAAAAAAUAUGCUACUAUCAGUACAGGAGAUUUUUAAUUAAUAGGAUAAUUUUUAACUGAUUUAUUGCUCCUGCAAGAUCAUGCUGAAUUUCACACAAAAAACAGUUUUACAUAUUUUGUAGAUCAAACAGUAGGCAAAAUAUUUGAAGAUGGAUGAGAAUUAUUUUUAUAUUUGUAUUUAUAACAAAAAUUUGAUUAUUUUACUGAUGCUUCUUACCUUUUGUGAAAUAAAUUUAGUGUGACAACUGACCCAAAGUCAGUGCAUGGUCACUUUAAGGUAGGUCACAAAGGUGGCAUGUUGAAAUAAACCUUGUUAUUACUA